CCGCUGAGCUAGCAGCCAUGACAGACCCAAUGGAACGAAGAGAGAGGGAAGACGAGCAAAAGUUAGCAUGAAAGUUGAGAAUGAAGAGGGAGAAGAAGAGGAGGAGAGAGGAAGUGAAUAAGAUGACCGCAGCAGUGGCGAAGGUGCAGGAGUGUAGAGCGGAGGUGCUGGCCCAGUCAGAUGAUAAGGCCAAGUGGGACAAAGUACUGGGCUAUCUAGAGGUGUUGAGCAAGGUCUGGAUGGAGGAGCGCCAGGCAAGCUGGAGCCAGGAUGUAGCGUUGAGUGCCAUGCGGUCCGAGUUUAGGGAUUUUGCACGCGAAAUCGUCACCCACAUUGGGGGCGAAGUCAAACAGUUGAGAGACAAUGUAGGGAAGUUUUGUGAGGGCGCCAUUCAGAGUGCCAAAGCUGCAGCCGCUAUAGAAGGAGAGGGCAGACCCCGUAAGUUCCCAGACGCGUACAAGGGAAAGAAGGACGAGAACUUUGACAACUGGGAGGCCAGUGUCAAUAGUUACAUUUACUUACAACAUACCCUGAUAGAGGAGCAAGUCCUCGUGGCCUUCCAGGCCCUGAAGGACGAAGCGGCUAGCUUCGCCAGGUCUCUCGCGCGUACAGCCGGUUGUGAAAACAACCUGGUUGCAUAUUCCAAAGUCACUCCUCUUUCCCAAUUCCUCAAGCUCCUCAAGGAGCGGUUCGCUGACCCGAUGCGAGGCAUUAGAGCCUCUGAUAAGCUCCAAACGAUCCACUCCCGGCAGUGGAGGAGUGCUAAGGCACUCAAGGGUACUAUGGACGACUUGGUAGCUGUCCCGGACCACGGGGUCACUGAGCCCCAGUUGGUCCAGUUGUUUUAUCGUGCCAUUCCAGAGGCCCUACACAGGCAUUUCUUUGACAAAUCUCAGCAGGCCGGCAUGACUUAUGAUGUAUUGAGUAGAGAAGUCGUCUUGUAUGAGUCGAAGUCUAUGCCAGUUACCACUUUCUGGCAUAAGGACCUGGAGAAGGGGAAGAAGUGGAAAGAUCGUACCAUCUCGGGCCAAGUCAAGGUGGAGCCUAGGGGAGGAGUACAGUUGUGUAGGGCAGGGGAGGUCUUACGCUGUUGUCGCGGCUGGAGGGAGGCCGCAAGGUAGAGGAGGAGGCCAGGGCCAAAGGGGCCAGGCCAUGGGAAGCCGAGGACCGGACGCACAGGGGGUUGGCGGACAGGGAAACCGCCAAGCGGGAGGUAGUGGUCAAGGUCCCCCGUUAAAUCGCCAGGGUAACCGGUCCCCACAACGAGGAGGUGGAAGGGCACCUCAAGGAGGAUGGCACCCAGGCUUGCCGCAGGGCAGGCCCUGGGAAGAUCUGGGCUUGGACCAGUGCCUAUGGCAGGAACGCGUGAGCCUGGGUCAGUGCGUAUUUUGUGGUGACCCGGCGCACGUAAUUAAAUUUUGUCCAAAGU